UUGGUUAUGGAGGUGGCAUAAAUGUUUGUUUGUGCUGUGGUAGAGAGCAAAAGAAGGGGAGAAAAGUUGAAGGACUUGUUUGGCAAGCUGCUUACAUUAAUCAGCCAUUAUUCUGAAAGCUGUUUCUUCAGGUGGAGCUCAGAAACUGCAUAUUACAAUCCUGAAAACUGGGAGAGGACAUUUUAAGUUGUAGGGAGACAGUUAAGGGACUACCAAGGUGAUGAGUACUGACGGACUGUCCAGCUUCAGUGAAGAUGACCGAGGAUAUGAUGAUGUGGUACCAUACAGUGAUGAUGAGACAGACAAUGAACUGGAUAGUUCUACUGAAAGGUUAGAUAGUAUAGAGCAAAACCAAAUCAACCAGCAAACUGACGAGCAGCGGCAAUCAAAAAGUGAGUACACAUGGAAAGUCAAAGCAAAUGACCAAAACUUUCAUGAUCAGUUCACUGUCAAGAAAUUUGGCUGCUUUAGGAAAAGCAAAUACUCAGGAAAUGAUAUCCGAACAUACAAAUACACAUUUAUCACCUUUUUACCACUUAACCUUUUGGAGCAAUUUAAAAGGGCAGCCAAUGCUUACUUCCUGGUUCUUCUCAUUCUGCAGGCUAUUCCACAGAUCUCCACCUUGGCCUGGUACACUACACUUGUUCCUCUGCUGGUAGUGUUGGGAAUAACAGCAGUCAAGGAUCUUGUUGAUGAUUAUGCUAGACAUAAGAUGGACAAAAUGGUCAAUAAUCGGUUGUGUGAAGUCCUACACGAUGGCAGGUUUAAACAAUCAAAAUGGAGGGAUAUCAGAGUUGGAGAUAUUGUACGGUUGAAGAGGGAUGAUUUUAUUCCUGCUGAUAUACUACUGCUGUCCAGUUCAGAGCCUAACAGUUUAUGCUAUGUAGAAACAGCUGAACUUGAUGGUGAAACUAACCUGAAGUUUAAAAUGUCGUUGGAAGUUACAGACAGACUGCUUAAGAAGGAAAAGGAUUUGGAAACAUUUGAUGGUUUAAUUGAAUGUGAAGAGCCAAAUAAUCGUCUGGACAAGUUUGUAGGCACUCUGUAUUGGAGGAACCAAAGUUAUCCUCUGGAUGUAAAUUCAAUCCUACUACGUGGCUGCACAGUCCGCAACACCGAAACGACCCACGGAAUUGUAAUAUUUGCAGGUGCUGACACCAAAAUCAUGAGGAAUGGUGGAAAAACUAACUUCAAGAGGACCAAAAUUGACCAGCUGAUGAAUUAUAUGGUUUACAUGAUCUUCAUUUUGCUCAUUCUUUCAUCAACUGGUCUUGCCAUUGGACACACAUUCUGGCAAAGUGAAAUUGGCAAUUUCAGCCAGUCAUGGUACCUCGAUGAUGGGGAAACGGACCCACCUACUUACAGAGGUUUCAUUACCUUUUGGGGUUAUAUCAUUGUUAUGAACACCAUGGUACCCAUUUCACUUUAUGUAAGUGUUGAAGUGAUCCGCAUGGGUCAAAGUUAUUUGAUAAACUGGGAUCUCCAGAUGUACUAUGCUGAAAAAGAUACUCCAGCCAAAGCCCGCACAACCACAUUGACUGAACAACUUGGACAGAUAGAGUACAUCUUCUCUGAUAAGACGGGAACUCUUACACAGAACAUCAUGGCAUUUAAGAAGUGUAGUAUCAAUGGCACAACAUAUGGUGAAUUGUGUAAUGCUGUGGGAGACAGAACUGACAAAGCAGAGCUUGUGGACUUUAGCUGGAACAGCUAUGCUGAUGGAAAACUCAAAUUUUAUGACCAUUAUUUGCCUCAACUUAUCCGUUCAGGAAGAGAUCCAUCAGCAGGAGAAUUCUUUAAAUUGCUUGCACUCUGUCACACAGUGAUGGUGGAAGAUACUAAUGGGCAAAUUGUAUAUCAAGCAGCUUCUCCUGAUGAAGGAGCCCUUGUUACAGCAGCCAGGAAUUUUGGAUUUGCCUUUCUUUCACGUACACAGAAUGCCAUCACAAUUAGUGAACUGGGUAUAAAAAGGACAUAUGAAGUGCUCGCUAUUUUAGAUUUCAACAGUGACAGGAAACGAAUGUCCAUUAUUUUGAGAGAGCCAGAAGGUAAAAUCAAACUCUACUGUAAAGGUGCUGAUACAGUGAUCUAUGAAAGAUUACAUCCAAACAACCCAAAUAAAGAAUGUACGGAAGAAGCUUUGAAGGUAUUUGCAGAUGAGACACUCAGAACUUUGUGUCUGUCAUACAAAGAUAUCAGUGAAGGGGAAUUUACAAAGUGGAAUAUAAAGUAUCAAGCUGCCAGCGUUUCCACAAUCAACCGUGAUGAAGCACUCGAUAGAAUCUAUGAAGAAAUUGAGAAGAAUUUGUUGCUUCUUGGAGCAACUGCAAUAGAGGAUAAACUGCAAGAUGGUGUUCCUGAGACUAUUGAAACUCUUAAAAAGGGAGAUAUUAAAAUUUGGGUAUUAACAGGUGACAAAAAAGAAACUGCUGAAAACAUUGGCUUUUCCUGUCAAUUGCUAACUAAUGACAUGACCCUUUAUGAUGGGGAGGAAAUUAAUUCCAUGCUCACUAAAUUGCAAGGAACAAAAUUGACACCCAGAGAAGCCGAUGCCAAUGCAAAAAAUGUCUUCAAAAGUGAUGAAAAGCCUGCAAUGAUAAUCACUGGCUCUUGGCUGAAUGAAAUACUCAGAGAAAAGAAAAGAAGAAAAAAGAAAUGGUUUAAGCGACCAAAAACUGAGAAUGAGAAGAAGAUGCAAAUGGAAAAGGAUCAAAAAGAUGAAGCUGCUAAAGAAAGGAGACAGAAAGAUUUUGUGAAUUUGGCAUGUCAGUGUUCUGCAGUCGUCUGCUGCCGUGUCACCCCCAAACAGAAAGCCAUGGUUGUGAACUUGGUGAAAAAAUAUAAGAAAGCAAUUACCCUGGCAAUUGGAGAUGGAGCUAAUGAUGUUAACAUGAUUAAAACUGCUCACAUUGGUGUAGGGAUCAGUGGCCAGGAAGGCAUGCAGGCUGUCAUGUCGAGUGACUAUGCAUUUGGACAGUUUCGGUUCCUGCAGCGACUGCUCCUAGUUCAUGGGAGGUGGUCAUACAUCCGGAUGUGCAAGUUUUUAAAAUACUUCUUCUACAAAAACUUUGCAUUUACUUUAGUCCACUUUUGGUAUUCCUUUUUCAAUGGAUUUUCUGCACAGACUGCAUACGAGAACUGGUUUAUCACACUUUACAACGUUCUGUACAGCAGUCUUCCAGUGUUGGUUGUUGGAGUGCUUGAUCAGGAUGUCACAGAUAGAUUGAGUCUUCGGUUUCCAAAACUUUAUAUACCAGGGCAAAAAGGCUCUUACUUCAAUUUUACAAAGUUCUUUCUCAGCUUGCUUCAUGGCAUUAUUGUAUCCAUGAUAAUUUUCUUUGUGCCAUAUGGAGCCUUUCUCCAAACAAUGGGCCAAGAUGGUGAGGCACCAACAGAUUACCAGUCAUUUGCAGUUACCACAGCUUCCUCUCUAAUUAUAGCUGUUAAUUUUCAGAUUGCUCUGGACACCUCUUACUGGACAUUUGUCAAUGCCUUUUCAGUCUUCGGAAGUAUCAUUUUGUAUUUUGCAAUCAUGUUUGACCUUCACAGUGCAGGAAUCCAUAUCCUUUUCCCAUCAGUUUUUGCCUUUACUGGUGCUGCUCCUAAUGCCCUUCGACAGCCAUAUCUAUGGUUGACUAUCAUAUUAACUGUGGCAAUCUGCCUUCUCCCUGUUGUUGCUGUUCGCUUCAUGAUUCAAGUAGUGAGCCCAUCAGAGACCGACAAGAUUCAAAUGAACCGCAAAAAAUACGAGAUUGAACUUAAGCCUAAACCAAGUCAGCCAAGUUCUUUCCAACGGAAUGCAUCAGUUCGUCGAUCAGGCUAUGCAUUUUCACAUCAAAGAGGAUACGCAGAUCUAAUUUCUUCAGGUCGCAGUAUCCGUAAGAAAGGAGCACGCUCUGAACUAGGUGUCAACAGUCUGACACAGGGAACAGCAGGUGCCAACGCAAGUUGAAAUUAUCACCAUGUUGUGACUUGUCUGUGACUUUUUUUAUUGGAAAUAAUUUUGCUGAAAGGAAAACAACUUUUUAAAAAAAAUCUCAGGAUCAAUUGGAGGAAGUUUCCAACGCAUUCAAUAUGCGACUUUCACACUCUACGGGGUAUCUGGGAUCCUCCCAAUUUGCACAAAAGAAAGGCGAGGAAAUCUGCAGGGGCCAACCACUAUAUUUAAGCGUAAAGAGAUAAAUCUGGUUUCCAAGCAUUGUUCUCCUGUUGCUACAUUGUAAUAUUUUAUGGAUUUUCAUUUGAGACUUUAAGAAGACACAUAAUUUUGUUGUAUUGACUUGCAGAAACUACCUAAAUGAGGUGUUUUUCAUGUUUACAUUUAUAUAAGUUACUCACUUUUUAUUCAAUUUGUGAAUACCAUAUGUUUCACCUUUAAUGCUUUACCAAAUAUGACAGCAUUAAAUCUUUUAUAAAAUUCUGUUUUUCCACUGCUCAAGUUCUGAAAUACAUAUGUGAAAAAACACUAAAAUCUGCACUACCAUUUUUAUUUUCUGUUCUUAAGUUCUUAAAUAUUUUUUUCCAUAAGUAAUUAAACAUUUAGUUUGAACAUUCCUCCUUGUCAACUUUUUAAACCAUUAUACUUGCCUUGAAGCAUUAAAUAAUAUGUCUGUAUAUAAUGUAUAUUUUCAGGCUUGUUUUCUGUACUAAAUAAGGACAAUUAAACAUGUAAAGUUUAUU